AUGGGCUUCUCCCACUACUUCGCCCAAGGCGCCACAGCCUUAGCCAAGCGCCAAACCUCCGACGCCGACGACGACGAGAACCCCGAAGCAGGCCAGAAAGAGAUCUACUCAUCAUGGGCCCUCCUCAUCUUGAUCGUCCUGCUGAUCAUGGCCUUCUUCAUGAGCUAUAUCCUGCGAUCAAAGAAGAUCCAGGCGGUGCACGAGACGGUUAUAUCGAUUUUCGCGGGCAUGGUGAUUGGGCUGAUACUGCGGUUGACGAGUGUGAACUCUGUGCUGGAUGUGGUGACGUUUGAUUAUCAGUUCUUUUUCAACUUGUUGCUGCCGCCGAUUAUUUUGGCGAGUGGGUAUGAGUUGCAUCAGGGCAACUUCUUCCGCAACAUUGGCAGUAUCUUGACAUUUGCUUUUGCUGGGACGUUUAUAUCAGCCAUCGUACUGGGUGUGAUCUUGUGGCUCUGGACGCGGAUACCGCUGGAAGGACUGAACAUCUCCUUCGUCGAAGCCAUCUCGGUUGGCGCGACACUCUCUGCAACGGAUCCGGUAACGAUCUUGGCCAUCUUCAACACAUACAAGGUGGAUCCCAAGCUAUACACUGUCAUCUUCGGGGAGAGCAUUCUGAACGAUGCCAUUGCUAUUGUCUUGUUCGAGACGGCACAGAAGUAUAGGGCAGGAGAAGAGGCGGGCAAGCUGACCAUCCUGAGUCUGUUCGAGAGUAUUGGAGUCUUCUUGCUGGUCUUCUUUGGCAGCCUGCUGAUUGGAAUUCUGAUUGGAUUGGCCACCAGCUUGUUGCUAAAGUUCACACAUGUGCGAAGGGACCCCAAGAUCGAGAGCUGUCUGAUCUUCCUGAUCGCAUACGCUUCAUACUUCUUCGCGAACGCAAUCCACAUGAGUGGUAUCGUCGCCCUCCUUUUCUGCGGAAUCUGCCUCAAACACUACGCUUACCACAACAUGUCCCGCCGAACCCAACUCACCACCAAAUUCGUCUUCUCCCUCAUGGCGCAGCUCACCGAGAACUUCAUCUUCAUCUACCUCGGCCUCUCCCUCUUCACCGAACGCGAACUCGAAUACAAACCCCUCUUCAUUCUCAUCACCCUCAUCGGAAUCUGCGUAGCACGAUGGUGCGCCGUCUUCCCCCUCAGCGCCCUGAUCAACUGGGUCAUCCGCACAAGAGCACGUCGAAGAGGACAAGAAAGCCUAGCAGAGGAAAUCCCACAAAAUUGGAGAAUAAUGCUCUUCUGGGCAGGACUCCGUGGAGCUGUAGGUGUCGCCCUAGCAGCAGGUCUCUCCGGCAAAGAUAGUCGCGCGCUACGCGCUACGGUCCUUGUCACGGUCGUGUUGACAGUCAUCAUCUUCGGCGGUACUACCGCCCGCAUGCUCGAGAUUCUCAACAUCCGCACCAACGUCGUCGAAGAAAUCGACAGCGACGACGAAUUCGAUAUCGAGCCCGUGCCGCAAGGCACCAACACCUGGGCGAAGCGCAAUGGUGCCGCAUACGGCCACACACCCAAAGUCAGCAACGUCGGCUUCGGAAAUGGCAACAUCGGCCUCGAUAACGUCGGGGAACAUCGCAGUCGCGCUAGUACAGCGACUUAUAGCUCCGGCCAUGGCAUCGGCACACCACCCAGCUCAGGCGGUCCCCACGAUCUCGAACGCCGGAACAGCUCCCGCGUGCGAACUGCAGACCAAGCAGAACGCGGUCUCCUCUACCAAGAAGACGAAGGGACCCUCUCCGACUUGGAAACUGAUGACCUUGACCUCCCUCCCGCAGCACGGCGCUCCCCGUCUCGACAGGCUGCUGGCGAUGACGAUACGAACUAUCCCGUCUCAGGCACGAGAGCUAACGAGGCGGCGGCGGCGAGUCAUCUUAAUGUGCGGGGCGCUUUGUCGCAGAUUAUGCAAGCUACGCAAGAAGAUGCUGGGACGCUGUUUAACCGGCUUGAUGAAGGGUUCUUGAAGCCGCAUUUACUUCUUGAUCCGGGAGGCUCGAGUAAGGGACAUGGGAGUGGGGGCGGGAAUGGACAUGGAGGCUCUUCUUGA